GUGAACCUUUUUUGUCUUGGGUUAAAUCAUACUUAAGUGGAAGAAGUCAGUUUGUCCAAUUAUUUGGUAUUUCAUCCAAGAUCUUUCCUACUCCUAGUGGUGUACCUCAAGGUAGUCAUUUAGGUCCUUUAUUAUUCAAUAUUUUUAUAAAUGGGAUUUUUUCUAUUGCCUCUCCAUGUCGUAUUAUUCUUUUUGCUGAUGACGCUAAAAUAUUUUAUAAAAUAUCUAAAGUAGAUGAUUGUUUGACUCUCCAAAAAGUCUUAGAUCAAUUUGUCAUUUGGUGUAAGACAGUUGGUUUAUGUCUUAGUGCUGGAAAAUGUAAAGUCAUGUCAUUUUACCGAUCUAGUGAAAUGAUAAAUCACAAUUAUUUUCUCGACAAUGUAGUGUUAAAACGGGUCUCCCAAGUAAACGAUCUGGGUUUUGUUUUUGUCCCCUCGCUAGAUUCUAGACCACAUAUUGACCUCAUAGUUGGUAAAGCUUUGCGUAUGUUAGGAUUUAUUCGUCGCAAUACAACACAUUUUAAAUCUCGUGACUGUUUAGUGGCUCUAUAUUGUUCUCUCGUGAGAUCGAUUUUAGAAUAUGGUACCUUGAUCUGGUCACCUUAUACAGCGGUCGACAAAAGUCGUAUUAACAAGGUCCAAAACAGAUUUCUAGGUUUCGCUGGUUAUACCCUUAAUAUUGCCCAUCCAGCCCAUGAUUACGGGCCCAUAAAUGAAAUCCUUAAGCUUGAGUCUCUAGAACUUAGACGUAAAACAUUUGGCAAAUAUUUCAUUGACAAACUAUUACAUGGUGAUAUUGAUGCCCCACGUUUAAUUGAGCGACUUGAUAUCCAUGUCCCCAGUAAUACUAGGUUUCAGUCCAAAUUUUAUGUCCCUUUAAGUAGGUCUAAUUUCUCCAAAAAUGCACCAUUAAUUAAAUUAAUGCGAGAAUAUAACGAAAGUCUUUAGCUUGUACGGAGUCACAUACAUUUAUUAUUUUUAUAUUUGUUAUUAUUAUUAUUAAUAUUAUUUAUAUUUUUUAUAUUGUUUGUUAUUUUACAUAUUUCACUGUUUCUGUAAUUUAUUCUAUAUGU